CAGAUCACCGCAUUAGACAAGCAGCUCCAAAACAUCCGCAAUGGCACCGAGGCUCAAAACACUGGCGAAAUAAGCGCCAUUAAAACAGUUGUUUUCAUUGUAACUUCGCUGCUUUUAGAAUAAAUCAUUAUUAAAUCGCCUUUAGAGCAGAUUAAGAAGCGAUGGCUGACGGUGGGAAUGUUGUGGAGGGGGAAGUAGAUGAUGAUGAGCCGCCCACCAUGAGCUACCCCCUGAUCACCGUGUCUGACUUGCCCAGCAGCACCACAGCAGGCCGUAAUCUGAAAGAAUGGCUUCAGGAGCAGUUUUGUGACAAACCUCUGGAGCAGUGUGAGGACAUGCGUCUGCAUAAUGCCGCGUAUGUAGGAGACUUGGACACCAUCAAGAGCCUGUUGCAGGAAGACAGCUUUAAACAACGGAUCAAUGAGAAGUCGGUGUGGUGCUGUGGCUGGCUGCCCUGUACGCCUCUGCGCAUAGCUGCUACUGCUGGCCAUGGCAACUGUGUGGACUACCUCAUCAACCACGGGGCCGAAGUGGACCUGGUGGAUGUCAAGGGUCAGACAGCUCUGUAUGUGGCUGUGGUUAAUGGACACCUGGACUGUGUUCGGAUCUUGCUGGAGGCGGGGGCAGACCCAAACGGCAGCAGACACCACCGCAGCACGCCUUUAUACCACGCAGCCCGGGUGGGCAGGGUGGACAUCCUACAAGAACUGAUCAGGUUCAAAGCUGAUGUGGAUGUGGACCACCAGCUGGGACCGAGGCCUCUGUUCAGUGCACGCACCCUCUCCACACUGGUGGUGUGCCCUCUAUACAUCAGCGCUGCCUACCAUCAUUUACACUGCUUCAGGCUGCUCCUGGAGGCCGGAGCGAACCCCGACUACAACUACACCGGCCCCGUGAGCCGUGAAGCACUGAAUAGAGGCCUAGCCUCCUGCCUGCUGGACGCUGUGCUUAGACAUGGCUGUGAGCCGGCCUUCGUUAGACUGCUGCUGGAGCACGGCGCAGAUCCACUACUCGUGCCAUGGGAGGAACCUGACCCUGAUGCUAUGGGAAGAGUGCGCGUCAACCCUGAGGCCUUAAACAUCUAUCAAGAAGCCAGGAAACGUCCGAACAGGUUGACUGAUUUGUGUCGCGUAGCCAUUCGGCAGGUGAUGGGCAAACACCGCCUGAGGCACAUCUCCAGCCUUCCUUUGCCUGAUUCAAUCAAGAAUUUUCUGCUCCACAGAGACUUCUGUUCCCUUUCCUGAAGGAGGUGUGAAUAACACCAAAUGCUCUAAAAGCUGUAUUACGGCCUGUACCUGUACAAGGGACUCUGGUAAGUUCUUGUGAGCUGAAGAUAAUGCUGAAGGGCAGAAAAUGAUGUACAGUUCUUUGAAAUCCAGAAAGCUUUUGUCCUGUGCUAUGGUUUGUUGUUACUACAGUUGCAUUGCACUUAUGACGGUGGGAGCACAUUCCCUAAAAAAGCAAACACUACCAGUUUCAUAGCACAUCGUUCUGUGUUGCAUGUUGGUAAAAAUCUCUUUGUUUACACAAAUAUACUUACAGUAGCACAUUCUGUAAAAGUAAUAUAUUCACCUGAAUACACUGUAUAAUCUCUUGAAGUAAUUUUGUGAUUUUCCGUUGUCUGUAAGACCAUUGGUCAUUUAUAUUUAAAAAAACAAUUCUUAUAUUUCUUUUUUUGUUUAUGGUCACUGUGGUGUAAAAGUCAAAGUGCUUAAUUUAUGAUUCUUUAUGAAAUGUAUUUAUAUGAUGCUUUAACAUGUUGGUAAACCUUGCCUUUGCCUCGAAUUAAAUUCAGAUGCCUGUAAUAAACUAUAUUAUCCCCACUGUCUGUGUUCUCGUGUGAAGAAAGCCAGUGAUCUCUCAUGUUUCUCUAGCCUGUGCUUAGUGUAUCUUGUUUUUCUUUGAAAAUCAUUUCUCUAAUACAGUUUACAAUACUACUGAGAUUCGA